AUGUCGAGUCGUGAAGUCGACCGAUUAACACCGUCAGUCACCCGGCAUAACAAACGAUGUAUCAAUUGUUCAUUUUUGAUACCCAGAAACCUACCUAUACAUUCAUUGCAACAAGCAUCUACUUCAAUGAUUAAUUUGUUACAGUCGUGGAUAACUCCUACUCAGUUGUCUUCAGAAUGUGUGCUUUGUACAGAGUGUUUGACACUGCUUCAAGAUCAAGCAAACACAAUUAGUGAAGGAUUGCCUGCUUUUGGUCAUAGAAGUAUAUGUUUUACGUGUGGCAAUUCUAUUCUACGUGCAACUAGAACAUAUCCUGUAAGACAAGAUCGACAAGAGAGAAACAUUUUAGACAUGUUCCGCUGCAUCUGGUAA